AUGGCGUCUCCCGGCUUUGACAAGCGUAGAGCCUUCUUCAACCGUGUAGCGGGCAAAUUUGGUGUUAGCAAUAAGUUUCCAGGUACCCCAGCCCUGGAAAGGCUCGGAGACGAAGCCUAUCCUAUGCGACUGUUUGAAGCCAGAGCCGAAGAUGACCGCAAACCAACUCCGGAGAACUACACGAUGCUCCAGUUCUUUGAGUGGUAUGUCCCCGCCGACCACAAACACUGGCAACGCCUGCUUGGCGCUCUGCCGGAGCUGAAGAAGAUUGGUAUCGACAACAUCUGGAUACCUCCUGCUUGUAAAGCUUCGAAGCCAGAGGGGAACGGCUACGAUAUCUACGAUCUGUACGACCUGGGAGAGUUCAACGCAAAGGGCUCCGUCGGAACAAAGUGGGGUACAAAGGAAGAGCUGCUUCAGGUUUGCAAGAAGACAGACGACCUCGGGAUCGGCCUAUACUUUGAUGCUGUCUUGAACCACAAGGCAGGCGCAGACAAAUGGGAGACGACCAAGGUCGUGAAGGUCGACCCGAACGACCGCAAUCGUGCUAUUUCGGGACCCUAUGACAUUGAUGCCUGGGUAGGUUUCGACUUCCCCGGACGAGGAGACAAGUACAGCAACCAGGAAUACCAUUGGUACCAUUUCUCAGCGACAGAUUACGAUCAAAGAACCAAAGAGACUGCUAUCUACAGGAUCGAAGGAGAGAACAAGCAUUUCGCAACUGACGUGGACAACGAACGAGGCAAUUACGACUUCCUCAUGUUUGCCGACUUGGAUUAUGCGCAUCACGAAGUGCGAACUGACGUUAAGAAUUGGGGUCCAUGGGUGGCGAAGGAGUUGGGUCUUGACGGGUUCCGCUUUGAUGCCAUUAAGGCAACGCAGCACUACUCGGAGGGAUUUCUUCUCGAAUUCGUUAGAAAUCUGGACGCGAAGCUCGGACGAGACACUUUCUGCGUGGGCGAAUUCUGGAAAACCUCACGAGAAUCACUUACGGCGUAUCUGGACAAAAUGCACCACAAAUUCACCUUGUUUGACGCUCCAUUGGUCGAGUCCUUUCGUCGCGUCUCAAUGACCCCAAGAGCCGACCUCCGUAGCGUCUGGGACGGCACACUCACCCAAGUCGAACCGUGGAACAGCGUCACGUUGGUCAUGAACCAUGACACACAACCCAGUCAGGCGCUUCAGAUUGAUGUCGCGGAUUGGUUCAUCCCUCUUGCUCAUGCCUUUAUCCUUCUGCGGAUCGAUGGCUACCCGUGUGUCUUCUAUGGCAACAUUUAUGGCAUCAAAGGUGGUGUUCCGGACGACUGGAGAGGUCCGUCGGCCGGUGGCAAGAUCCCUGACAUGGUUUUGGCUCGAAAGCUCUACGCUUAUGGGGAUCUCAAUGACUACAUGGAAAAUCCCAAUUUGAUCGGGUGGGUCAGACGAGGAACCUGGGACAGGCCAAAUGGCUGUGCCGUUGUCCUGUCCAAUGCAGAGAUGGGUCAGAUCCGAAUGUAUGUGGGAACUGAACACAAGGGCGAGGUCUGGACUGACAUUAUGGGCUGGGAGUCUGGGGAGGUUCACAUCGGAGAUCAUGGCUUUGGAAUGUUUCCUGUCGGGUCAUGCAGCGUGAGUAUCUUUGUAAAGAAGGAUGCCCCGGGAAGAGAGAAGUUUGGGAAGUUCAACGACCAAAUCUAUGCGUGA